CUUUGGCCGUAAUAGAGGUACGUAAUACUUUAGUUAUAAAAAAAGCAAAAAAAUGAAAAAUAUAAAUUUCAGUAAAAAAUAUUCAGAAAGAUAACACCCCAAUGAAUUAAUUUCAGAAUAAAUGCUUAUUCCAAUGCGAUCACUGUAAUGCCUUCCUAGGAACGAUGAUGGAAAUAAUGGACAAGCAGUUAGCUUCCAAGCACCAUUGUUUGAAAAAGUGCGAAAAAGUUAACAUGAAUUGUGUAACGAAAAGAGUGUAUGGAUAUUUUGGGGAAACGGAUCCCCAACAUUCCAAAGUUAGUACUUCUGCAUCUACAACUUCCUCCGCCUCUACAGCUGCCACUGGAUCUAGAGCUAUCAGUGCCUGUACAGCCACUGGUGUCUCUACGGCCAACAGUGCCUCUGGGGUUAUCAGUGGCUGUACAGCUACCGGUGCCUCUACAGCUACAAGUGUACCUAGAUAUAUCAGUGCCUGUACAGCUACUGCAGCCUCAUCGUCUUCAAGUUCCUCCAUGGCUAUCAGAGCCUCUACGCCUAGCAGUGCCUCUACCUCAAAAAUAUUUUCAAUUGAUAGUGUAUCUACAUUCACUGACAAUGUGCCAAGCACAUCAGCAGGAGAAAGUGAGUACACCUGGUCGCAUGAGGCUAUCAAAUUAUUAAUUUUUUCUUAUAAUGAAAACAAAGAAAAAUUUGAUAGUCCCUCAUACACUAAAAAAAGGGUGUGGGAUAUAAUUAGUGAGAGCCUUGCUAAAAAAGGCAUUGCCAAAAAUCCACAAAAGUGUGAUGAGAAGUGGAGGAACUUGAAGAAAACGUACGAGAAAAUUAGGGCCGAAAAAAACAAAACUGGAAAUCACUCUGUGCAGUGGAGAUAUUUUGACGAUUUCCAGGAACUAUAUUUAGAGAUCCCUAUUUCCAGCCAGUAGCUUCUGUUAGUAGCACUGGAAAGAUAAAACAUUCUGAGAGGUCAGCAAGUACUACAACAUCGAACCGAAAAAAGAACUUGUCUCCUGGUGAAAAACCCAGAAAACGAGCUCUUUCUACACAUGACAUAGAGCAAAGGAAGCAAAAGCGGCAUAACGAAAAAAUGGGUCUCAAGAGAGAAAUGUUUGAAUGGAUGAAGGAGA